UCCAACUUUCAACUCCUUUCAGUCCACCAACAUAACCGAGAUCAACACGACCAUGGUGAGGCCACCCAAGCACAACACGUACCCAAGGCACAAGGCCACCGAUGCGCUGGAAGGCUUCACGGCCGGGCGUCUCGUCCUCCACUGCCCACACAUCAUCGACUCCAUCCUUCUCUCCACCGACCGCGCGACGCUGGUCACCUGCCUGAGGGUCAACAAGGAGCUGCAUCAAGUCGCUGGGUCGCUCCUCUACCACACUGUUCGGCUUCGCCAUGAACAAAUCGAGGACUUCUUCGAGGGCGCUGCGGACGUGCGCUUGUCCGACUUCGACUGCAUCCCUCGCCCGGACUCCAUCAAGGCUCGUCUGCUCUCCAACCUCCGCGUCCUCUCCCUCGGCUCUCACGACGCUACUCUGGGCAUACUGUAUGCCGAGGCAUCAUCUGCUCUCCUCACCGGUCUUGAGAUACUGCGUGUAGUCCCUACACCUCUUGACACCUACGACCUCCAUCACUUCUGCAACUACCCCAGCGACGACAGUCGCUGCCGCUUUCUUGAGCUCCUGCGACCUCGAAAACUGGUGAUUCGUAACGUUGACGGUCUCCCUCAGGGAGAAAGUGUCUUCAACAACCGAGCCCCCGUUGAGGAGAUCGUCUGGGUGCUUUCCCCGCACCUCACGCGUUUCAUCGAGAAGAAGUGUUUCGCCGAGCGAACGGACGGCUAUGAAGAGAAACUGAAGGUCCUCUUUGACCACAGUUGGGAGACAUGGGUUGUCCCGAACAACUGCCACCGGUGUCGCCCAGGUCAAAUGGAAUGGCAUAAGUGCCACAGGGAGUAUGAAGCUGCCCCUGCGUUGGACUACGACGACCGUCUCACUCCCCACAAUCUCGUUCGGACCCUGUUCGGCAGCGAAGUCGGCCCCAGUGCACGCGAGGCGAACAUUUAUGGUCUCGAAAUCGUCGAGUUCAAGGAGGAGGCCUGUUAUCUGGUCGAGACCUUCCUGCAGCUGUCCGACUACGACAUAGACGCCUACUCUGACUAUUCAGACGUCUUCACGCAAGAGCAGCUGAGGAGGAUCGCGAUAGACGAAAUUCUCACCGGUUCAAUAACCGUUUCACAAGCCGCUGGUGUCCUCCUCGAGCUCCCACCCGCCGACAAUGUCACCUUCAAGACCCUCGACGAGUACGCGAGUGGUCAUCCCUCAGAGCGUCUGUAUGAGCUUGAUGAUGGCCUCGACGAGAUGUUUGACCAGGAGAGCUAGACGCCGACGCCCACGCCAUAUCUCCGCCUGUUCCCGGGGAGAAGGGGUACGAGCUCUAUGGUGCACGCGUUGGUUUGGGGGGCGACGUGUAGAUGGCUUUGCAUGCGUAUGUGUGGAGGAAGAGUAGUCCUUGUAAGGUUGCGAUGUCAUGAAAUUCCGGUGGUGCACUUCU